AGUGUCCGAGGAAGUAUAUGUUUGUAGAGAUGGCAAAUAAUUUGGCCUUUUUUGUCUGUGUGCCCGAAACAUGCUUCAUCUCGCUCCCACGGGCACGCUCUACGUCCUUCUAGAACCUCCUUUCCUUCCUUCCAUAGCCGAACCGAAGAGGGCCUUUGCCUCCUCCAUCCCAAUCACGUACCCCCGGACGGAAGCGCUCCCCAUCACCCCCAUGUCUCGAGCUUAGCGGCAGCCAGCCAGCCACCAAGGUACACCCCGCCCCGCCGCCAUGUUCGGCAUCGUGUUCCCGGAUCACACCUUCCCCCUCGACGCCACAGCCUUCGGGCAGGUCGCGCCCAACUCCUGGCUCCUCGACUUCUCCACGCUCUCGCUCCCCGCCACGCCCCGCUCCGCCGUCGUCUUCCUGCUGCCGCCCGCCGCGGCCGCGCUGCCCCCAGGCAAGGCCGUCGCCGUCUACUUCCAGGCGGCCGGCAACCGCCCCUUCGCCUUCCUCGGCGCGCUCGGCCCCGCGCGCCCAUCAGCCACCUUCCCGCUCCCGGAGGCCGGCGACGAGCCGGAGCCCCCGGUGGGCCCCGCGAAGCUCGGUGUCGCCGUGGAGGACGCGGCCGCACUGCCCCCGGCCCCCGACGAGCAGCGCGCGGAGCGCGUCGCGCUCCGCGUCGGCGAGAACCUGUUCAAUUUCAUGCAGUCAUUCUGCGCCGCCGACGGCGGCAAGCUGGUGGUGCCCACGGAUAUUCUGGACCGGUGGUUCCGCAAGUUCCAGGAGAGGGCCAAAAAGGAUCCCAGCUACCUAAAAAGCUUUGACUUUUGAGAGCAAAUCCUAGUGCAGGAUGUGUAAACAAUUUGGAGCUACCGUUUGCUCCACACUUUGGUUUGUUGUUACAGACGAUCCUAUUUUUUAAUUGGAUGUCAGUAUGAACUAUGAAGUGUAUGAUUGAGGAACCUGUUAAACUUUUGGUUAUGCAUAGAAGCGCACAUGAACAUUUGCUCAUGGAUUGUGGGGGUUUAUUUCCUUCAAGUACCAAGCUGACCUUGUACUGGAAUUGUAAGGAAGCUAGAAGGAUUACUCUUUGCAAAGUCAUGAAGUGCAAUAGUUACGAAAUUUAGAAUUUGUGUUAUGCAUGAGUUGUUUAAAUAUAUGUCGCUCAUAUUUUUAAAAUUUCUGAUAAAUAAGAAUUAUGUCAAAAUAUUAUUUUUGAAAAAUACAAUUACUCUCGAAAGUCAUGAAAACCAAUCAAGCAUAGUCAAAAGAUCAUGAUACGUAUAGAACGAGUGGCAAUUAGAUGAUUCCGUAGCCUUUAAGUGGUAGUCUUGUUGGAGUGAAUUCACGACCACCAACUCAGAUCUUUGUAAGUGUAAAUGUAAAGAUAAAGAUAAAGAUAUGGUUGCCUUUCAUGCCUGUUCAGAUUUCUUGAGCUAUUUAGUUUCAGAUAUUAUGUGUUUGGAUUUUGCUUGUUUCUCUACUAGUAGUGAUUAAUGGUUUAGAUAUGAUAAAAAAUUUAAGGAAAAGGGCCAUCCCCCGGUUCCAUUACUAAACUGAAACUUAAGUUCAGAGUUAUACAGGACAAAGCACUGUGAAACUGAAGGCCCUGCUAGAGCGCAAAUAUAAAUACGAAAAGUCAAACAUCAAAACUAUCUCCACAUCAGCUUAGAACACCAUCCAGCGCGCCCAGCCCGACGAUGUAGUGAUCUGCAAGCUUCCUUCUUUUCAUUUGAAGACAAGCUGGGGUAGUUCUUUCAUCUUCAUCUCCACUUGGUGCAUGAGCUGAAAGACUUGAUCUGUUAAUUGUCCCUGCAACACAGUUGGAACUACCUACCCCUGUCUCUGCAUCAAUUCAUUUCUUCAAGGUCCUUAGCUACAUUGUUGGAUUUGUUUUUCCUGCGUAACAGAGUAGAUAAGUAGACACUAAAAGUCUUCCGCUUCACCUCUAUGCAUGACUGAAAAUUCUAGCUGUAUUUGUGAACUAGUUGUGGUAUGUGCUCCUAACAUGAGCCCUCCUUAGUUAUUUUUGUGUAUAAUCACAACUACUUUGGACUUUUGCGGAUCAUGUGUUAUCUUUUCCAAUCUCAAUUGACUAAAUUAGCACUUCCUACAAACUGUUCUUGUCCUUGUGCCUUUGCUUCGAGAUAAAAAGAUCGAAAAGGUUUUGCCCUUUUUUUUUUCUUGUCUGCAUACGAAGAUGUGUAGUAGAAACAAACUACAUGGCGAGACUUCCAUAAGCUGACACUUUCAACAGUUUUGUGGCAAAAACCUACUCUCGUUCUUUGAUUGUCUGUUUCGUUAGUAUAUCCCACUGGUCGAUUAAUUUUGUUUCUCUGUUUGUC